CCGACUUCUUUUUCAGUCGGAAUUUCAUCAUCAACUGGAUUGCGUGGAAAAUGGAGAGGUAGCUAACGAAAAAGCAAUUAACAACAGCGAAAAAACGCAAAGAAAACGGCUUUUGUCCGCUACUUUUAGCGAAUGUUUUUUUUUAAGUUACAACGCAGAAAAAUCCAACAAAAAACAACCAACGACUACGUCAACCAAUCAACCAACUUGUACUCAGCAGCAGCAUCAGCAGCUUUUUUUUAUUAUUUACAAUAACAACAAAUCAAGGAAAGGAAGCAAUUUCUUUCUCUGAUAUGCCCCCACAAUCUAAAUUCAAUGUGAUGAUUAAUUAUUUGUGAAAAAAACAAAAGCGAAGAAAAAAAUCCAACUAAACGCAAAAAAAAAAAAAGAAAAUCUUAUGAAUUGCAAUAGCUACCAGGUGAAACAAUCUGCGGAUUGAAACCAUUGAAAAGAUAAAAAGGAAGAAAAUUUAUUAUUUUGAAACUAAAAAUAGAAUUCCUACGCAGCUCCGGCAGCAGGAGCAGCAACAAUUAGAAAGCCCUAAAAGGAAUACAAACAAAAGCAGCGUUAUUUGCUGCGCAGCUUUUUUUCUGCCACCGAUAACAUCCCUACUGCUAACAGCAACCAGCAAAGGAAAGUUUUUUCUUUCACACAAAACUGGAAUUGAAAUUUUUAAGAAGAUUGGUUAAUUUUCUUAAAAAUUUAUGUCAUUUAACCACAAAACUUUAAAAUUCUUAAAAGUUUUUUAAGAAUUUAAGGUUAGGAUUUUUGCAAAUUAUUGUAAAUGCUGCGCAAUUUGUAUGCUGCACUACAGCAACGUCAACUGAGAAGCUAAAGUCAACGUUUUUGUUGUAUUUUCAAACAUACAAAAAAACUACUUUUUAUAAACAAAACAAUAAAAAGAAAAACGUUUAAAAUUUCUACAACCACAAAAAAUAAUAUUUAAAUAAGUGCAAAUUUGAUUCAAAUUACAAAACUAAAACUUUAAACGAAAAAAAAUUGUGUUAAAAACUAAAUAGAAAAAAAACUGCUCUGUAAAGGCCACCAUUUUGAAAGAGCGCAGUAAAGUGUAGAAAGAAAUACAAAAAAAUAAAGAAACAAAAACAACCAACAGUUACAACAGCUGCGGUAAUUUGAGAGAGAUUGAAGCAAAACGAAGACAGUGCAGUGCGUAUGAAGGAAAAAAGUGCAUUGAGCGAGAAAAAGAAAGAAGUAGAAAGAGUGUAACAAAAAAAAAACUAUAAAGAAAUUUUGUCAUUACAAUAAAGAAAAAAAGGAAAAAAUACCAAAACAUCAGACAAAAGACACAGUGUUGCAUUACUUUUUGAUCGUUCGAAAAUCUUUUCAAGAAAAUAGAAACAAAAACAACACCAGUCUUUCUAAUUUGUGGAAAAUAGUGUAAAAACAACAACAACAUAACACAGAAAUACUGUUGAAAAUUAAAAGAAACGUAGCGAAAGAGUGUGUAAAAACCAACGAAUUGAAGUGCAGCAGUCAAGUUUGUGCCACUUUUAGUGUUGUUUGUGUUUUUGUUUUUCUCUCCUUUUUACAUGAAAAAUUCUUCGUUUCUAUACACAAUUUUUUUAACCGGAAAAUUCUUAUUGUAAAAAAAUAAAUACAAUUCAUUUGUUUAACUAUAAAAUUGUAAUAAAAAAAACUUUUAUUUUGAUUUGAUUGAAAUUAUUAAAUAAAAAAAUCCAAAAUGGUUGAAAGGAUUAUUGAAGAAAAUACCUCGACAACUGACGACUCAGUUUCUUGUACAACUGAUGUUGCAGGUGUGGGAUCAUCUACGGUUAAAGCAACAGAUACAGCAACAACAAUAACAUCCUGUUCUAAUGAUAUUCAUCCAGAUGAUACAACACCAGUUAACAGCUGCAGUCAAUCUUCAGGUGGCCAUAAUGAACUUACACGCUAUAGCAGCGAAGAUGUAUCGGGCAAUGAAUCUAGUGAGGCUUUAAAAAUGACCGAAACUGAGCGUCAAGCCAAUUUCAAUCGCCAUAAGGAGGAGAUGCAAAAGAAAAGACGUAAAAAGAAGCGUACCUCUUCAUCUCUACACUCGUCUACAUUUCAAGAGUUGUAUAAACUUACCGGCGAGAUAUUGGGCGAAGGCGCUUAUGCUUCGGUCCAGACGUGUGUUAACAUCUACACCGAUUUAGAGUAUGCUGUUAAGGUGAUUGAUAAAAUUCCCGGUCAUGCCCGCGCUCGCGUUUUUCGCGAAGUGGAAACAUUCCAUCAUUGUCAGGGUCAUCCUGGUAUUUUGCAAUUGAUUGAAUUUUUCGAAGAUGAUGAAAAGUUUUAUUUAGUUUUUGAGAAAAUCAACGGUGGUCCUCUGUUGACUCGCAUUCAGGAGCAUAUUUGUUUUUCGGAACAUGAGGCUGCUCAGAUUAUUAAGGAAAUCGCUUCUGGUUUGGAUUUCCUACAUAAGAAGGGUAUAGCUCAUCGUGAUCUCAAGCCAGAGAAUAUUUUAUGCGUUUAUCCGGAUAAAUUGUGUCCGAUUAAGAUAUGUGAUUUUGAUUUGGGUUCUGGCAUUAAAUUCACCACGGAUAUAUCAUCGCCAGCGGCAACACCACAACUAUUGACACCGGUUGGCAGUGCUGAAUUUAUGGCCCCCGAGGUGGUCGAUCUAUUUGUCGGCGAAGCCAAUUACUAUGACAAACGUUGUGAUUUAUGGUCCUUGGGUGUUAUAGCCUAUAUAUUGUUGUGUGGUUAUCCACCAUUUUCGGGUAAUUGUGAACAGGAUUGUGGCUGGAAUCGUGGUGAAAACUGUCGCACUUGUCAGGAACUGUUAUUUGAGUCUAUACAAGAAGGACAUUUUUGUUUCCCCGAACCUGAAUGGGAUGAUAUCAGCGAAGAGGCCAAGGAUUUAAUACGCGGCCUUUUAAUUAAAGAGGCCCCCAAGCGUUUAAGUGCUGAGGCGGUAUUAAAUCAUCCCUGGAUAAAAGUAUCCGAACAUGAACCUUUAGAUAGUAAGAGAAUGGAAAAUAGACGUAAAGCUUUAAGAACACCAGGAAAUAUAAGACGCAAUCAAUCGGCACGUGAAAUUUCACAAUUUGCUGAAUCUGCUAUGGCUGUGAAGCGUGUUAUAUUACAACAUUUCUCCAUGCGCUACGACUAUAUGAAAGAACGUCCCAAUAUUUAUCAACCCUCUCAAAAUGGGGUUGAUCCAAAUCCUGAUUUUUCUAGCUUUAAGAAAAAUCGUUCUACUAAUUCCAAAUCCUUGUUGGCGGGCGGCCCUGCCAGUCGCAAUCGUUCAACUUAUGGACGUCCCAGUACUAUAAGUACUAGACAAUCAAUUAAUAAAUAUGGCAGCACCAAUGGCGGAAUAGGAGCAGGAGGAGGAGUAGGAGCAGGCGGUAAUGGAGUUGCUGGCGGCCCUGGUGGCAGUACACGCAGCGGCUCUUCGGUGUUUAAUACUUCAGCAGGAUCACGUUCUGGUGGCUUUUCCAUUUUAAAUGUCCACGAUGAAGACGAAGAUGAUGAAGUAUUGGAAAAUUUCGGUCGUAUAGAGGUGAAUCAAGAAGAGGAGCGCAACGAUUGGCGUUCAUAUUAUAAUGGUGAUGAAGAAGAUGAGGAGGACGAAGAGGAAUAUCGUACCAAUUGGCGUGAUCUAGAUGAUUAUGAUUACGAUAAUGAAGGUGAUGAAGAUGAGGAAGAAGAUACCUAUCAUCAGCAAAACUCCUCAUUUGUGGCUCCUGAACCCGAAAUCCACUUGGUGGAGGGAAAUGGUGUUUACAAAAGUUCUUGGAUUAAUGAUUCCGAUGAUGAAUAUAAUCCGGAUUAUGAGGAAAAUGAAAAAUAUCAACGUAAUUAUGUACACGACGACGAAGAUGAUUACGAUGAUGAUGAGGAGGAGGAAGAAGAUGAAGUUGAUUAUGCCAAGAAAGAAGUUGUUUAUGACGAAAAAGAACUAGAGGUUGAAGAUGAUAAAAAUGAAAAUAAAACUAACGAAAUAUUGGAAAGUAUUAGUGAUUUAAAGGCAAUGCUACCUGAUGUAAUUGAUGAGACUGGUAAUAAACAUAAAAUUGAUCAAAUCAAUGAAAAUGAUAAGGAUAAUCUUAAUGAUAACAAUGAAGAAGUUGAAGAAGAGAAAGCAACUAAAGAGAACGUUAAAGAAGAUGUUAAGGUAAAGGAUAAUAAAGAUGAGGAAGUUUUUAAGGAGCAAAACGAUGCCGUACCACUUAAUGUACCUAGCAUUAAUGUAAUUAAAUGCCCACCACAAGAAAUUUAUGCUAAAGAUGAUGAUGAUGAUAAUGAUGAUAACGAAGAAAAAGAAGAAGUAAAGAAAACUAAAGUCUAUACUGCUCCUACCCAAGCUUCUAUCUUAAAGUCCCCGAAUAAGCAACAGCAGCCUUUAAAACAAGAACGUAAAUCACCUCUUAAUCAAACACGCACGGUUUAUUUUGCUCCCGACAACAAUAAAGAAUCACAAGAAGACUUUGACGAAGACGAAGAGGAGGAAGAUGAAGAUGAAAAACAAGAUGUUUUCAAAAAACCUUUUCUCUACAACAAUUACUCCAAACGUCAAAGGCAAUAUUCGAAGUAUCAACAGCAGCAACAGCAGGAUAUACACAAGCGCUAUAUUUCGAAUAAUAUGAAACAACAACAACCACAACAUCAACAACAACCCGUAGAAAAUUGGCGUCAACGUAAUAAUCAACAAAUACCAGAACAACAACAGCAGCAAAAGCAAAAUUUAAACCAUAUUAACAACUCCAAUAAUAUAAAAAAUUUCAAAAACUUAGACAAUCAAUCAUAUCGUAAAUAUCGUCCCAAUAAUGCUGCCAAUUACUAUGGCAAUCCGAAUCGUAAUUAUUUGGGUAGUUUCUCACACAGUGGUACACAACAGCAGCCGAUACAGGCACCACAGCAACAACAACAACGUAGCAAUCCAUAUAUGAUGCCAAACUUUUGUCAUAAUAAUAACAACAGCAACAAUCGCCAUAAUAGUAGUGGUAGUAGUGGCGGUACUCCACCUUCGGAUAAUGAGCAACAACACUACUCCACUUUUAAAACAUCUCCAGAAAUACGUAACUGGCGCAAUGAUUGUAUCUAUUCUUCGGUGCGCAAUUGUAAUAUGCAACGCAAUUCGCCCACCCAGCAAAUGUAUCAGCAGCGCAAGUGUUUCUCUCAACAACCCCAGAUGCAGCCUUUAUAUCGUGUUAAUCCUCAGCGCAUAGGUUCGGGACGUUUCCCCUCUAACACUAGCAAUAAUAUGGAUUAUAAUGGUACUCCUUUAAGCAUUGGUCUCUCACCACCCAGUGAAAGUUUGUUGCUACAACGACGCUUGCAACGUAUGAACAAUACAAAUGUUGCCCCUGCUCCCACUCAUUAUCAUCAGCAAUUGCAACGCAAUGGCAACGAUUUGUUAAUUAAUAAUUCCAAUGAAUAUUGCCAACAACAGGCUACCGCCAGUGGCUAAAAAGAGAACAACAUUUUAUUUUAUGUUGCUUACACCCCCCUGUCCCCUUACUUUCCCCCUUAAAACAA